AUGGGCUUACGCCUGUUUGCUGUUCAGCAGAAGGCAUUUCUUCGAACAAUUCGCUAUGCUUCGUCGAGCACACAACAACAAAAAUACGAACCAGCUACGAAGGAGCUGGCUGAGGAAAUUCAGCAAUGCUACUCGAAACUCGAUUUAUCAUUCAGAAACACAAAAGAGGCGUAUAAGAGCAAAACAAACUUCGAAAUCAUCCGCGCUUACGUGGUUCUGCGAUUAUGCGCCUUCCAGACGUUGGUGAAGCACAAUCAGAAGAUUCUUGCAACACUACGAGCAACUUUAGGGCAAACGUUGUUUAAAAAAGUACUAAAAAACACGUUUUACGGGCAUUUUGUUGGUGGAGAAAGUCUGGAUGAGAUUGAACCUGUUGUGGCACGAUUGAAGCACUUUGGUGUUAAGUCAAUACUCGAUUAUUCUGUGGAAUCUGACCUUAGUAGUGGAGAAGCUGUGAAGACUGCUCAGGACUCGAAAUUAGCUGCAGAAGUGGCGCCUGCGGCCUUUAAAGAUAGGGUCGACUCAAAAACUCUGCAAGUUACUCGCGAUAAGUAUGCCGUACACGAAGAAUUUGCCGAUCGACGAAAAGAUGUUGUUAGUGCAAGAACUUAUUUCUAUGAGGGUGAAGAUGUCUGCGAUCGAAAUCGAGACAUUUUUAUUAAGACAGUGGAUGCAGUAGCUACAACCACUCAUGGAGAAGGGUUUGCUGCGAUCAAAGCGACAGCACUCGGAAGGCCAACGCUCCUGUUGAAGCUAUCGGAAUCCAUUGCUCAAACACAUAACUUCUUCAAAACGCUAACCGGUAUGGAGAAAAUUCAGUUUUCUCGACUGAGUGAGGAAGAAUUGAUCAAAAAAUUACAGGAGUUCGGUGUGAAGACAGAUUCAACUGCAGUACGUGAAUGGUUCAAGAGUGUUGAUUUCGAUGGUGAUGGUCAUGUGGAUUUUCAUGGUUGGAGUAAGAUUCUUGACGAUAAUGCAAGGCUUGGAAGCAUGUUUAAGAUUCUCAACAUAAGAACCGGAAAUUUGGAACCCUUAAUCCAGAAUCUGACAGCAGAUGAAGAACAGGAGUUUGCGAACAUGGUGCGCCGUUUACUUGAUAUCGUAGAGCACGCUAUAAGUAAAGGUGUGCGAGUUAUGAUUGAUGCUGAACAAACGUAUUUCCAACCGGCAAUCUCUCGGAUAACUCUAGAAAUGAUGAGAAGGUAUAAUCGAGAUCGAGGUAACGUCUUUAACACGUACCAGGCCUAUCUACGACAUACUAAGGAUGUUAUGGAAUGCGAUAUGCAGCUGGCACGAAGGGAAGGCUGGCAUUUCGGCUUGAAACUUGUGAGAGGAGCGUACAUGGAACAGGAACGAAAACGUGCUGCUGUUGUUGGAUACCCGGACCCAGUCAAUCCAAACUUUGAGGCAACCUCAAAAAUGUAUCACGAUUGUUUGACCCGUCUUGCUGACGAACAUGUGCGGCGUGGAAAAGGUGCUGUUUCGGUGAUGAUUGCCAGUCAUAAUGAGGAUACGAUGAGGUUUUCUGUGAACCUCAUGAAAGAUCGUGGUAUAGCACCUAGUGAGAAGAUUAUGUGCUUUGCACAAUUGUAUGGAAUGUGUGAUCAGGUGUCAUUCUCUCUCGGACAAGCUGGAUAUUCGGUCUACAAGUACCUGCCUUAUGGCCCUGUUGAGAAAGUUCUACCAUAUCUGAGUCGUAGAGCAGUCGAAAAUGGCAGCAUCAUGGGGAAGGCGAACGAAGAGAGAAACUUACUGUCGUCGGAACUUCGGCGACGGAUUCGGUCUAGUCAGCCUUUCUACAAAGUGCCAUAG